AUGACAUCUGUUAGUAUUAUUGAUAUGGCUGUGAUAAAUGAGUUUAAAAAGGAUCACAGGAUCAUAGACUUAGUUACAAAAUGUGGUGAUAAGUCUGUGGGUUUUUUAAGUUUAAAUUCUGAGAUGCAUUACAAUGGAAUAGGAGGACUUCAGUUAGAAAUUACACCUACAAAUUCAACAAUUUCGGAAAAUAAUAAUGAAAAUAAAAGAUUGUUGGGUGUAAUAUAUGGUAUAGGGAUGAAUGUAAAUAAUAUAUUAGGAGCAGGUAUAUUUACGACACCUGGAAUUGUUUGGAAGAAUGUAAAAUCGCCAUAUAUUGUUUUAGGGUUAUGGUUAAUUGGCGGGAUUGUAAGUUUAUUCGGUUCACUUAUUUACACAGAGUACGGAGCUAUUCAUAAAGAUAGCGGGGGUGAAACUAUUUACCUUGCCACAGCAUACCCAAAGCCAUACCUAAUGUUUAGUUAUCUUUUCAGUUUUAUGUUUAUCUUCGUAAUUCGACCGGGAAUCAUAUGUGCGGUUUUGCAAUCUGCUGCACAAUAUACAUGGUACUUGUUUAAUGACGUUCCAUUUGCAGAAAGUUCAAAUUGUAAUUUAACAGAAAUUAAUAGAUUUAACCCUAACUGGAUAAUAAAAUUGACGGCAAUCGGAUUAUUAUUCUUAAUAACAGGAUAUCAUUUAUUAAGUAAUAAGUGGGCGAAUAAAAUCAAUCAUACGCUAGCAAUAAUUAAAACGAUUUUGUUAGUUGUAAUUGCAUUUGGCGGAAUUUCGAGAUAUAAAAAUACCAAUAAUUGGACAACUCCUCCAGAAGGAGAAAUGUUUAAAUUCACUUCAUAUUCUAUUGCCAUAAUUUCAGUCUUAUUUAGUUACAAUGGCUGGAAUAAUUUAAAUUAUUCCUUGGACGAGUUUAGGAAUCCAGAAGAAAGAUUAAAAAAGAGUAACAUUUACAGUGUUGGAAUUGUGACGUUCUUAUAUUUAAUGGUUAAUAUUGCAUUUAUUACUGCUGUACCCCUAGAGAGAAUAAAUAACGAUAUUAUUAAUGAAACAAUAGCAGUAGAUUUUUUUAAUAUCAUAUUUGAAGGUAAUACUACAGGAAUGAAGAUAUUAUCGUUUUGUGUUGUUCUCUCCGCUAUUGGAACAGCUGCGUCAAGCAUUUGGAGUGGAUCUAGAGUGAUAGUGACUGCGGCAAAAUCAAAUUUUUUUCCAAUAUUUUCACCACAAUUAAAAAGUUUGAAUAAUAAAUUUAAUACUCCGGUCACUGCGUUAUUAGCACAACUUGGAUGGUGUACGCUUAUUAUGUUGGUCGUUGGUAGUACGGCACUAAUUGAUAAUUUCAUAUUAUACACUUCUGUUGCAAUGUUUUGUAGCUGGAUAUUCUACGUUAUUACAAGUCUUGGUUUAGUGAUCCUAAGAAGAACAUCAUCAACGGAUUUAGCUUACCCGUUUAAAGUUCCUUUACCAAUAAUUUAUUUAUUUAUACUUUUCGGAUUUAUAACAUUACUUUUAUCAUUUUGGGGCAUAGAUUCAAAUUGUCCAAAAUUAAAUCUAUUAUUCAUUAUAAUUUCAUUUAUAUUUUUAAUCAUUGGUUUUUUACUAUGGUUUGGAUUAUUUUACUGGCGGCAUUUAGAAGAACAAAGAAAAGAAGACAGAAUUAGUGAAAUUAAUGAACAAGUUGAAAUUCGACUUGCCGCUAUAUCUGAAUCUCAAAAUAAUCGUAGAACACGUACCUUAUAG